AUGCAAUAUGUACCCGCUGGACUACAUAAUCGACGUCGCGUUUGGCAGCUUCUUGAAGAGAUGUUUGUGGGUGAUGCGCUUCCUUGGGAGACGACCGUUGUCAGCGGCUAUGCAAGCGCAACGCACAUCCCUGCGAUUGAGGACUGCGUCCCACUUUGGUGGAAUAAGUCUGGAGAUCAGAUCUUGUCUGAGCCAAUUUGGAUUCCGUCAAUCAACAACAUUGAUGCGUUCAAACGAAGACUUGGAGGGGAGGUUUACAUACUGGAAGGCUACGCCGGGCUUCAGUACUGGCAGAAACCGUCGCUUAUUGCACAACAUGAGACCUCGGACGACGAGACAGAAACACCAGAUGUCCAUGGAGCUUCAGUUGAAGAGAUAUACAGUGUAUUGAGACCAUUGGGUUAUCCGGUAUGA